UAGAGGGGGCAAACUUCUCUCGUUGACAAUUGAUGGAAACUGCUCUCUAUUUUUCCAUAAUUAUUCAGGAACUGAUUCAUUUAUUGUUAUUACUGAAUAAAGAAAGUCUAUAAAAAUAUUUUACGUGAAAAGUAGACAACAUGAUUAGAAUGUUUCAGUGGAUUUUCUCGAAUUUUAUACAAUUUUGCUGCUCGUUUCAAUAUGGCGAUGGUUAGUUGCUUCGGAUCACGAAGGUCUCUUUACUCAUGAAUUUCGUGACAUUCUUUUCUAUUUCGUUGUAUAAUUUUAAUAUAAAACUCUGAUAUUCGUAUAAUUCAUUGUAAGUGCAUACAAGUUACGUAAUUAUGAAGUUCUGCAGCUACUAGACAAGGGAUUACUUCCGACGAUAGCUUUGCUUAGGUAGCUGGAUAGAUUUGGCAAUUACCGUCCUUUUAAUAAGUCAAAGGAGAAUUGCUACAAAGAAGAAUUUCUUCUUAUUUUAUUACACACCAACCAAGUUUAUAAAUAUUUCGACAGUCUAAAUUGGGAUUUUCUUUGACAGCAUUGUCUGUAUGCAAGAAUCUUUCAAUGUCACGAGAAAAGUUUAUCCAUCAUUACAAUGAUCGAUUAAUCUGUAUACACAUAUAAACAACAUGAUUGAUCUAUUGAAUUCCUUGUGGAAGUUAAAUGAAUGAAAUAUAACUUUUAUUAUAAUGACAAGAAGAUCUAUUUAUGUCCGAUUUAAAAAAAUAAUUUAAUUGAAUGUAGUAAUCAAGCAUAUUUAACAUAAUAUUUUUAAGACUUUUACAAAUUAUAAAAUUUAAACAAAAUGGCUGAGACACAGAGAAUGACUGUCUACGGCAGAUAUCCUCCUUGUGCUGAUGCAGACCGCUUAGAUGAACGUCGUGCAAGAUUAGCCUUAAGUCUGGAAAGAAAUCGAAAGCUAGAUAAGCAAGAAGACUUUGUGUGUUAUGAAUCAAGUGACGAUGAAGCAGAAUCUAUAAAUGAAGGAAAACAGUUUUUAAGGACAUCGUUUAACUUUGUGGACUAUGUAUGUGCUAGGGAAAUAGAUACAAGAGAAGUGCGGAAAAUUAAUCAAGAAUAUGGAUUUCGCCAUAUAUUGACUCAUGAAUUAUUUAAAGAAUAUUCAGUUAGUUUAAAUAAUAUGAAUAAAGUUUUUUGCUCUCAGUGGUUAAGUGAUAGACAAGUAGUAUUCGGUACAAAAUGCAACAAAUUGAUGGUUUAUGAUGUAGCAACACAAAAGUUAGAUCAAAUACCAUCUCUGCAUGGAAGACAAGUUAAUUCAGGAGGUGCUGCAGUUCCCGAACAACAAUGCGGUAUACAUUGUGUUCAAAUUAAUCCGUCAAGAACACUUCUGUCAACUGGAGCAAGAAAUAGUAAUGAAAUUGCAAUAUACAGGCUACCAACAUUAGACCCAGUUUGUGUAGGAGAAGGUGCACAUAGAGAUUGGGUUUUUGAUAUGUGUUGGUUAGAUGAUGAAUUUUUAGUUUCUGGUUCUAGAGACACUAAAAUGGCUUUAUGGCGUAUUGAUAAUGACCUUGCAGAAGCUCCUGAUAAGGCAGAUGUACCCACACACAGGCUAAUUCAACCAGUCUGUGUAAAAGAAUGCAGAUCGGCUCAAAGAGUGCGUGCACUUGCUUUCCAUAGGACAUACAAAGAAAUUGCAGCACUCACUUUAAAUAGUUUUAUACACAUUUGGUCUGCUGAGACGUUCAGACAAAAAAUAUCUAGAAAAUUACCAGUUUCCCAAGAAAAUGUUUGCCUUGCAGUACAAGAUAAUGGUGUAUAUGCAGUAGGAUGUCGAUCUCACACUUUAUUGUUAGAUCCAAGGACAUUACAAAUUAUUAAAAAAGUACCAUCGCGAUACAGCGGCUGUGGAAUUCGAUCAGCCAGUUUCCAGGGUUCCAUUUUAACAAUAGGGACAGGAUUAGGAAUGUUGAUGUUUUAUGAUGUCAGAGCACAGAAGUAUCUCGAGUCUUCAAUCAAUUCUAUCAGGACAGUUAUACUGAAAGCUUCUAAAGGAUAUGUAUUUCCUGAUGAAGAAUACAUUGAUGGAUUCCAAAACGUGAGAUAUACGCCUGCUAUAUAUACUCAUUGCUAUGAUGGAUCAGGUACGCGGUUAUUUGCGGCUGGUGGUCCUCUACCUAUGAAUCUUUACGGUAAUUAUGCAGGAUUGUGGCAAUAAAAUAAUCUUAAUUAAAUAUUGAAUACCAUCGAUUUUUACGUAAGUAAUAAUAAUUUGUACAUUUAAA